AUGUCUGAAUCCAGUGGUAAAGAUUUGGUGGAAGAAGUCGGUGAAGAGGCGUUCGAUGGUAACGAUAUUGAGAACAAUGAGAAAAAGGUUUAUGAGGAAUCGUUAGACUUGGAUCUAUCCAACGCCAGGAAGAAGAUUUGGCUUGUACGUCUGCCUAAGUUCUUAGCUGAAAAUUGGAGAAACCGUACUGCAUUGCAUGGACAAGAAUUGGGUAAAGUUAGGAUUAAUAAUGCGGACCAUUCGAUCCAGUUGUUGUUGAAUGAGGAUGAGGACAACAAGGACAUACCGCACAAAUAUGACUUAGAGUUGACCAAGAAAGAAGUCACGAACGAGUACGUAUUCACUGAACAAAAUUUGAAGAAAUAUCAGCAGUUUGCCAAGGAAUUGGAGUCGAACCCCGAGUUGCAAAGACAGGCAUACAUAAGGAAACAAGAAAGAGAGGAAGAGAUGAAGAAAAAACAGCAGCAGAUGAAGCGUAAGUACAACAAGAGAAGGUUUCAGCACCGUGUCAUGACGGAUAGGGACGGUAGAGAUAGAUACAUCCCGUACGUGAAGACUAUUCCGAAGAAAACUGCAGUGACGGGGAAAGUGUACCACGAAUGUCAAGUGAUGCCCUCGAUAGACGAUCCAAAUUACCAUACAAUUGUGGAACAUAGAAGACAAAUCGUUAGAAACAUCCACAAACCAACGGUUACGGUGCUUGACCAAACUCCUGGUGUCACUAUGAGUAACGCCGGUAUGUCGAUGAGAUCCGACACUUCCAAGUUCUUAAAAGUUGGAAAGGAAAAGAAGAACAACGCAAGGGCUAUCCGUUUGCCAAAGAAGGAACUUUUGGAUCUAUUGUUCAAGUUGUUUGAUGAAUACGAUUAUUGGUCCUUGAAAGGUUUGAAGGAGAGAACAAGACAACCAGAAGCAUAUUUAAAGGAAUCGCUAGAUCAAGUUGCUAUGCUUGUGAAAAAGGGUCCGUAUGCCUUGAAAUAUACUUUAAAAUCGGAAUAUAAAAAGUUGAAGGAAGCUGAAAGAGCUGCUACGCUUGGUGAAUUGGCACAACACGCUGAUCCAGAACAACAGCAGCAGAUUCAAGACCAAUUUGAUCAACAACAACAACAGGAGAACGAGCAAGAGGAGGAAGACUUGGAAGACGUGGAAAUGGAGGAUGUGUUGUAG